CUCUCCAAUCAACAACUGAACUGAACUAUAUCAAUAUUUAUCAUGCACCAAAACACGUGCGUUAAUUAAUUUCGCCUGAUAAAAGCAAGCAAUUUGACCAGAUGUGUUUUACUUCUAACACUAUCUAAAUUGAAUAUAUUACAAAAGCGAUAAAAUUAAAACGAAGAAUUACGCAUCUAACAUUUCUAAAAAGAAAAACCAAAUACGUUAAAACAAAUUCAAAUGAAGCAAACUUUGAGCUUAUUUCGUGAAUAAUCCCCAAGAUUUACUUAAUAAAUUGAAAUAUUCUCAUACACGGGAUGUUCCGUGAUCAUUUUUGGCGCUUAGACCGAAAUAACAUCUAGAAAAAGUUUAACACGUUUAAAAACCGCACUUGCGGUUCCCAUACAACAUUUUUACUUUACUUUCAUCAACCCUCUUUGACCUAGUUAUCACACUUUUCAAUUAUUAAAAAGAAACUUGAAAAUUUCCUAAAUAUGAGUAGGUACAUACACGCUACUUAAAACUUCUCAGCAAACCUCUAAAAAGUUUUACAAAAGUAUUUUAUAAUUAAUUAGCCCGACAUGUAAAAAAAUAUGUAUCCCCUCAUUCUGCAAGCACCAUGGCUGAAGAUCAGUAUGAGUUACCUGAAUACUAUUUCAAAUAUCAGACCGGCCUCUUACGUCUUGUCGGCGUUGAGCUCAAGGAUAGGGACGAGACACCUCGCUAUCGGAUUUAUUCGAUAAUUACGCUAAUCUGUACGUUGGGUUAUGUUAUCAUCGAGACUCUCGAGUUGUUUUACCACGACAGUUUCGAUGCAGUGACCCACGUUUUGGAUUUCGUAAUCAGUCACGAUUUGGGAAUGGUUAAGGUGUUGGUUGUGUAUAAAAAUAGGCAGGCGAUCGGCGACUUGCUCAGAUCUCUUCACGAAGGCGUUUUUAAGCCAAACAUGGAACGGGGGGGAGUUUUUGAGAAAAAAUCCAUACAUGAAACGUACAAACGAAACCACUUCUUGAUAUUGGCAUACAGCUGGAUAAUGACGGCCGGUUAUGGUUUGGCCGUCGCAACUUGUAUAUUUGUACGAAUCACCCAACGUUCAGAAAUGUGGAAGAUGCCUUUCUCACUUAUAACCAUUGUGGAUACCUCCUAUACUCCCGCGUUCGAAAUUGCGGUCGUCUUUCAAUGUUGGGGAGUAUUUCUGAUCACUGUCUGCACGGUUGGCGUGGACGUCCUAAUUGUCUCAAUAAUUGCCCAAAUUAGCGCGCAAGUGAAAAUUUUGGAAAACGCGAUUAGAACUUAUAUUGAGAGGGGGAUAAAGGACGCGGAAAAGAACAAUUUAACGUCGGAACAAUCCGUGCACAACACUUUGAGGGAAACCAUCUUCAGUCAUCACCUCACCUUGUUGGAUACUGUUUCAAAAGUGGAAGACAUGUGCUGCUACUUGAUUUUGUGCAUAUUCGUCUCCAAUUCAACUUUGCUUUGCUUACUGUUGUACAAGUCGUCAUUGUACCCGCUUAACAGCUCGUUCUUCAUCAUGUUCGCCAUAUAUUAUUUCGUGAUCGCUCUCCAGGUGUUUAACUUUUGCUGGUGGGGAAACGAGUUGACAGUCGCAAAUGAAUCGUUGGCGCUGGGCGUUUCACAGUCAUAUUCAGCUGACGAACCGACGUCCCACGCCAUGGCGCUCAAACUGAUGAUGAUUCGAACGCAAAGGACGCUUUCUUUAUCAGCAGGAAAAUUUGCUCCGUUGUCACUAGAAACCUAUAAAGCGCUUAUGAAGGCUUCGUUUUCUUAUUUUAUGGUGUUGAGGCAAGUUAAUGCAGAAGAAUAAACUACCUACUCUUUGAGACCCGCUCGAUUUACUUUAAAGGGGUCUCAAAUGUAUUAGCAAGCAACAUAGUUUAGGCACAGUUGCACAUGACGUGUAAUAAUUAUCAUUUCCAAACGUCUGUUCGAAUUUUUUUCAUUACGCACGGGUGUAGGUAAUGGGUACUAAUAUAUCAUGUCUCUAAAUUGAAAGAGUUGCAAAUAGGAUGCAAUAUUGCUUCUGAUUCUCCCUCGAGUAGCUUUUCCGAGGAUUAAAAUGCAGAAGUCAUAUUUUUCUUAUCCAUUUUGUCUAUAGCGUAGAAAGAUACUUUAGAAAAUAAAGGACACACAUGCAUAAGUGGCUAUUUAUACAAAAUUUUUAUUGUUAGUCUAGUCCGAUUGGUUAACAUUGAAAAAUUAUCCAAUGAAGUUCAUCAAUUUUAUGCCAUGGUCACAGUUAAAGUGGUACAUGAGGUAUUGUAGCAAAUAUUCCAGAAAUCUCAAUAGAGAUCGAGGCGCCAUGAAAGAUUAGUGAUCGGCGAUAAAGAACUAAGGCGGAUGUGACGCAAUCUUUUCAGGAAAUAUGACGUGCUUUGUCCUAGAAGACUCGCGACCCGGGAAGCAAAUCGAAUUGCGUUUCAAGAUAACCGAGGCGCAGUGGUUGCGCUCACUUUUCUGCUAUUUGGGAGGUUGUAGGUUCGAAUACCGGUGGCGACUGUUCUGGUCUGAGGUUUUCCUCAGACGUGCGUAGCUUGUUGAAAUCCACGAGGCUCUUUCAACACCCUAACUCUUGUUCCCAUCCAUAAUUUUACCUAUUCUUACAUUCCCGUUUUCUGACCGAAGAGGCUGUGGCAAGUGGCAAGCUUGAUCAGCCCGCCUCUGUGUCAGGGAUGUCGGAGGAAUGAAACACGAUGACCUUUACCUUUCAGAACAGUUCCAAUUUC